AUGGAGAGGGCUGGGAGCUUGGAUCCAAAGGCGGAGGAGUUUUAUCCUUCGUUUAGCUUUGCUCUUGCAGCCCAGCCGAUGGUGGCGCCCCAAUUUUACAUCCAGUACCAGCAGCCGGCGGCACCGCCGGCGACGGCGGCGGUGCCGGGGCAGUAUGUGAUGACAGGGCAGAUGGUGGAGGAGGAGGAGGAGGAGGAGGAAGGGAGGAGAGGAGUGGAGGUGAGUUUUGUGCCGAGAGGAGUGUCGGUGGAGAUGGUGAGAGUGGCGAUGGAGGAGUUUGGAGGAGUUAGGGCGGUGGAGAUGGGAGGGGUUGGGGAGGAGGGGAAGGUUACAGUGCAUUUCUAUGAUUUGAGAAGUGCGCAAGCGGCGGUGGUUGAGAUCCGAGAACAGCAUGUCCGGCAGCAGUUGCGGUUAGGGCAGCAGUAUGGUGUGGUACCUGGAGGAUGGGGUGGUGCUGCUGCUGCUGUUGCUGCGGAGCAAGCUGGGGUUGUUUAUUGGAUGUAUGGUAGUGGUGGUGGUGGUGGUGGUAUGAGUGGUGGUCGGGGGUUGAUCGGAGGGCAAGCAGUGUGGGCGAACUUCACUGAUAAAGAGUUGGAUGGACCGAACCAAGGGUCGCUUUGCAUCCUUAAUGCCGGUGGGCAGGGUUUAUCUUUGGAUGCUAUCAGACAAGUGUUUGAAUCUUUUGGUGGAGUGAAGGAAAUGAGAGAAGUGGCGCAUGGGCAGCAACAGAAGAAGGUAGUGGUAGUGGUGGAGUUCUUUGAUACUAGAGAUGCUGCCCGAGCAUUGUCUGAACUUAGAGGCAAGCAAGUGCUUGGAAUGCAGUUGAUGAUUGAAUUCAAUAAGCCAAAGAGUAGUGGUCAACAGAAGAGAAGGUCAGGAGUGCAGCAGAACCUGCCAUUGCCCCCAAGACUAAUGGGCAAAACAAGCAACACAAACACUGGGCAGUCACAGAGAUGGAGUCAGAUCAAAGGAGGAAGAGGAGGUGUUACUGAUGGUGGUGAAAGCAUGAGGUUGAUCAAAAGGACAAGUAUUACUACAAAUAGUAAUAGUGGAGGUAUAAGAAGAGGCAAGAACAACAACAAUAACUCAUCAUCAUCAUCAUCAUCUUCAUCCUCAUCUUCAUUCAAGCAGCAACAACGUUGGAAGAACCAUUACCAUGGGAUUAUUAAGAUUGAAGAGUCUAUGUUUCUCUUCAAGGAGGAUGUUGACACUAAGGAAUCAUCCUCAUCCUCCUCAUCAUCAUCUCCUUCAUGUAAAGAUUCCAGAACCACUGUUAUGAUUAAGAACAUCCCCAACAAGUACAGUCAGAAGCUGUUGCUGAACAUGCUGGACAGCCACUGCAUACACUGCAACGAGCAGAGUGGAAGUGGAGGAGGAGAAGAGCCGAUGUCUGCCUAUGACUUCGUCUACCUCCCCAUUGAUUUCAAUAACAAGUGCAAUGUGGGGUAUGGCUUUGUGAACUUAACUUCUCCGGAAGCAGCAUGGAGACUCUACAAAGCUUUCCACAUGCAACCAUGGGAGGUCUUCAACUCUCGCAAGAUUUGCCAAGUCACCUACGCUCGCCUACAGGGUUUGGAAGCACUGAAAGAUCACUUCAAGAACUCAAAGUUCGCUUGUGAUGACGAUGAGUACAUGCCAGUCUUCUUCUCUCCACCACGUGAUGGUAAACAACUCACUGAACCAUCACCCAUCGGCAGCCGCAACAGCACCAGCAUUACACGCCUGCGCUCAACCACCACCACAACCACAACCACAACCUCGACCAAAGCCUCGUCCAGUGCCGAGGAUGAUGAUGAUGAUGAUGAUGAUGAUGAUGAUGAAGAGUGCCCAGACAGCAACAGCAGCAUGCUCUCUGAAGCCUUGCUAAACUUAACCACCAUUUCACAAGAGUAACAACUGUAGCAGUGGUGUUGGUAGUAGUUGUAGGAGAGUGUGGUAGGGGAGUUUAUUAAGCUGGGGAAGGAAAUGAUGAUGACGAUAGCUGUAUCCAGGAUUUGAUGGUGAUAUUGAUGGAGAGAUGGGAUGGUGAUGGCUUUGCAUUAGUUAACAAAAAAAAAAAAUACAUGAAAAAGCAAAAAGAAGGUAUCUCUUCUCACCCUCUACACGGUAUCUUCCUUUCCUUUCUUUCCAGUUAUCAUCAUCAUCAUUAUUAUUAUUUUUAUUAUUAAUAUAUAUAUAUAUAUAUGUGUGUGAGGGGGAG